AUGGCGCCUAAAAAACUCAGCGAAUACGAGCGUAAAAGACUGGAGAAUAUCAAGCGUAAUGGUGAAAUGAUCACUUGUCUCAAGAUCCAUUCCAGAGUCGAUGAACUCUCCGCUGCAACAAAGCGCCAAAGAGUACAAAACAAAUCUUACAAAGUUAGCCCCAAGAAGAAAUCGAAAACUGAAACCCCAAUUGUGAUUCGGAGGUCCCUUCGGACCCGACUGGUGCCGUCAGAUUCACCAAAUUUUAAGAAGUUGCCUCAUGAAUUGGGUCCUCUCCGUAUGAGAGAUGCGUAUAGGGGUGCCAGCACUGAUCGAAGGCUCAUCGAAACAAUUUUAGGUGUUUCAAAGAAAUCCCAUUUAUCUUAUAGUGGUAGUUCAGUCAAAGGGAUUGAUAAGGGUUCUAAAAAGAGUGCCAAGGUUGUGUCUGGGCGAAUAUUCUCUCUUCGGUUCUUUCCGUCUGCGGAUAUGAGAAUGGUUGUUGUGGGGAACAGGUCUGGGGCGGUUGGACUUUGGAAUGUGGAUUCUGGAGAGGAGGAUGGAGAUGGGAUUUAUGUAUACAACCCUCAUUCCGGGCCAGUUGGAGGGAUUGCAAUUCAACCCUUUUUACUGUCAAAGUACUUUGAUAAAGUUGUAUGA